ACGCUCUUUCACCACCACCCUCACUGGUACCAGCUCCAUGUCUUUUGCACUCCAACAACACGUCCUUUGCAACAACAUAAUCCCAUCUUCUGCGCCCCCUUCCCACCAACAAACUCUUCCUCUGUCUGCUCCUCGAACCCCCUCUGAUGGCGCCCAGAGAACUAGAAGUAAUCGUUGGUGAGGACGGCAUUGGACGUUGGGUCGGGAUUGCUUCGUACGAUAACAAUCACACGACCGCAUUCGUAGUAACACUAGUGCUCGCAGGACUACUCUUCGGAGUCUAUCGCUACCUUCGGGCUUUCAUUUACCCUUGCCUGACUCCGUUCGAGUUGGAACGAGCUUCAACAACUGUCGAGGAUGUCUAUCGAACGGCAAGAAAUGUGUUGGCUGGAUCAGCGGAGGCUGAUGUACCGGAUUGGAAUUACAAGUUUGCGAGUGAUUAUCUCAGCCUGAAAAUCGAGGCUUCCCAGAUCCGUGAAAAGAGUCUUCAGCUAUCGUUAUGGAAGACAUACUUGGGGUUUCAUCCUCGAUUAAUGUUGGAUAUCGCCAGUUGUUAUUCAAAGUAUGAAGAACUCAAGUGUCGGAUUCUCACCGCCCGCGAGAAAGACUUACAGAGUCAUCUCGGAGCAGAACAGUAUCGACGGCAAAAAUUGACGACGAGAUUGUCGUCGUCGUCAUCAUCAUCUCGGGGCCAAACUCCCACCUUCACCUCGGCUUAUGAAAGCCCGUUCCGUUCUCAGUCUGAGGACUACGCUCCACGUCCUUAUAAUGCAACUCCUGAGGAAUGAACCAUCCUUUGUCGGUUGAUACCGACCAGUGUUAUCGUCUGUUGGUUCCGUUGCUCAUUAUAUUCUUGUUUUUCUUCUUUCUCAGCAGCAAAGUCUAUCUGUCUAUAUCCUCCCUUUCCCUACAGCAUUGUUAUCUGUUAUGUCGCUAUCGUUCGUAUAUACUUUUUUUUCUGUUCGUUGCUUUCUUCGAUGGUUUACAAAAAAAUCUUGUCGUUUUAAAUGACUCGCAUACAUAUCCUGGCUUUCAGGCAUCUAUGGCAUUCUUCCUCCGCUGGACUCUAGUUUCUCUUUUGCCCACCCUCUUUUACCUCUUUAACACAUCGCUAUACGUAUACUUAGUAACCCAAGCCGCAACAAAACAAAAAAAAGGUUUUCUUCACAGCGUUGUAUUAUAUAUGUAUUGUAACCGGUUUUGAAGUAUCGUUUGGAAUAAAAAUGUCGUUGAAAGUGU